AUGUCUACUCAGUCUAUACCAUCAGCAUUGCCUCUACAAGGCAAGGUUGCUAUAGUCACAGGCGCUUCGCGAGGAAUUGGGGCUGGCUUGGCGUUAGAGCUGGCGCGAAGGGGAGCAAAAGUCACCCUCGUAUACACAUCUCCGAACAGCGGAAAUCUAGCAGAAGAGAUUGCCUCGAAGAUCAAAUUACUUGGCAAUGGUAGCGAUUCGAAAAUCGUUCAAGCUGACCUCAAACAACUCGACGCACCUGAGAAGAUCAUGUCGGCGACUAGGGAAGCGUUUGGUGAUAAGAUCGAUAUCCUCGUCAACAACGCUGGCGUUUUGUUUGACAGGUCCAUCACGGAAACAACAGCAGAAGACUAUUCCAGCAUAUUCGAUGUCAACGUCCGCGCAUCUCUCCUUCUCACAGCCGCGGUAGUGCCCCAUCUACGUGCACCAGGCCGCAUCAUAAACAUGUCGUCUAUAGGCGCACGACUAGGUAUCGCCAAUCUGACUCUCUACACUGCAUCCAAAGCAGCGAUUGAAGGCGUGACCCGGAGCCUGGCACAAGAGCUAGGCAUUGCAGGGCAUACAGUCAACGCUGUGGCGCCGGGUCCCACAGAGUCGGAGAUGUUGGACAGUGUACCAAAAGAGGUCGUGGAUGUCCAGUUGAAGCAAACUGCUGUCGAGAGAAGAGUUGGCACUGCGGACGAUAUCGCAAGAAUUGUGGCCUGGCUCUGUAGCGACGACGCGAAAUGGGUUUCGGGUCAGACCAUCUCCGCGAGCGGUGGUUUCCUGAAAUUGUAA